AGCUAUUUCCUUUCAAAAAUGAUAGUACCGGACACUGAGGGAUUGUUAAUUUAUUCGUAUGGACUGAUGUACGGUUCAUAUUGUAUGGCAUGUCAAAUGUUGAUUCCACACUUUCAAUGCAUACCCGGCAUUUUUCCAAACUUUAGAAUUUCAACUGAACUCAUCAAGACUAUGACGGAUAAAUUGGAGCAACCGAACAACAACGUUCCUCAACAGCCAUGGGGCCCUUUUCCUCCUGCAUUCGGUGGCCGGCCAAGUGGUGAACAGACUGAUGGAAAUCCAGGAGAGUUUGAUAAUGAUGCUGCACAUCAACAAACGGCUCCGUUCAUGACUCAUUUCUUUCCAAGAAUCGGACUUCAAUUCCCAGACUUUACCGAGUACCAGCGUUUUAAUGGCUUCCAACGAAACGCAUUCUUCCCUAAUCCAUUCGGAUCUCAGUUCACAGGCCAAGCAUUUGCACAGUCGUUCCCAUUGCACAAUUCAAUGACUACCAUGGAUGGUUUCAAUUUGACACAUGCUCCUCACCCGUUUUCAACAAAUACAAACUCUACAAAACCUAAGGACAUUGAAAACACGGUUCAAAGUACAAUCAAACACAGUUCGGAAAACAUCCAGGAUAAGCCACCAGUGUUGUCUGUGGAAUACCCUGUUAAAUACGAUUCUGAACUGAAAUUUGACGCAAAUGUAGAUUUCACAGCAGUUCCUAAACAGGAGUCUUCAGACGAUUCAACUCUAAAAAAUCUCAAAAAAUCAGACCAACAGCUACAACAACCGCAACAAUUUACAUUUCCACCUCCAUUAUUAGCGGAGAAAUCAUUUGAGCAGCCCAGAAUGCGAGAAGACGUUUUACCUUUUCAUCCACAAUUCUAUCCGGCACCACUUGACAUGGGCACAAACUUCAAGCAAGAAAUGAGAACUCCACCAAUCGACGGGCACAUUGAUUACAGAAAAUUUGAUGCUAGCGGAAAGAGAAUGGAGUUUCAGCCACCGGGUGCUUUGCAUGACUGUCAAGUGUGUUUGUCAACUCAUGCUAACGGGCUUCACUUUGGAGCCCGUACAUGCGCCGCAUGUGCUGCGUUUUUCAGAAGAACUAUCAGCGAUGACAAACGAUAUGUCUGUAAGAGGAACCAACGGUGCAAUAAUGCAAGCCGCGAUGGAACUGGGUAUCGGAAGAUUUGUCGGAGUUGUCGAAUGAAACGAUGUCUGGAAAUUGGAAUGCUUCCAGAAAAUGUGCAGCACAAGCGAAAUCGUCGAGAUUCUGGAUCCCCGCCUCGUAAAACUCCAUUUGACACUUUCUUCAACGGAUUUUACCCCUCAUUCCAACCUUCUGGAUCAGCAGCUCAACCGAUCACUGUAUCCUCAAGUGAAUCACCUCGUCACACAACUAAUUGAGCGUGAUAAUUGUUUAUCUUCCGAUCUCAAAGCAUAAGUUCCAGUUCUAUUAUUACCGAUACUCACAAUGUGAUUCAAUAAAAAAUAAUU